UCCUCUGAGCUCCUCUUCACUAAUUUCCAGUCCGGUUUUCGUGCGCUCCUAUGUUGGCUGUGUUUCCUUUGACUUUCUCCGUGCGCAGUAAUCUCACCUGAAUUUCAGAGAUGGAGUUCCCUACUCUUCCUCCCGACGCUCUUGGUGAUUUUAAUGAGCGCUUCUCGGUCUCCAUAACUCCUUUUUUCAACAUUACAUCCUCUGAGAAUCUGCUGCUUGUGUCAUCAAGUGUCAAUGAGACCGCCAGACCUGCGACCAGAGACACCGCAAGUCUCAUCAUCGCCGUUUGUAUCACGGCUCUCUACUCUCUCAUCUGUGUGGUGGGACUGCUGGGAAACGUGCUUGUGAUGUAUGGAGUGGUCAGGUACACCAAAAUGAAGACCGCCACCAACAUCUACAUCUUCAACCUGGCUCUUGCCGACGCACUUGCCACAAGCACCCUGCCCUUCCAGAGCGCUAAGUACCUGAUGAGCACAUGGCCCUUUGGGGAGCCGUUGUGUAAAGUGGUCAUCGCCAUCGACUACUACAACAUGUUCACCAGCAUUUUCACACUCACCAUGAUGAGUGUCGACCGUUACAUCGCUGUUUGUCAUCCAGUGAAGGCCCUUGACUUUCGUACGCCGGCCAAAGCCAAGCUCAUCAACGUCUGCAUCUGGAUCCUCUCCUCUGCUGUUGGAGUCCCUGUGAUGAUCAUGGCCAUUACCAAAGUGACAGACAAAGGACAGACUGCCUGUGCACUCAGAUUCCCCAAACCUGAGUGGUACUGGGACACAGUGAUGAAAAUCUGUGUGUUCAUCUUUGCCUUUGUGGUUCCCGUCCUGGUCAUCACCAUCUGCUACGGUCUGAUGAUCCUGCGGCUCAAGAGUGUUCGUCUGCUCUCUGGCUCCAAAGAGAAAGACAGAAACCUGCGACGGAUCACCCGGAUGGUCCUGGUGGUCGUAGCAGCCUUUAUCAUCUGUUGGACUCCCAUCCACAUCUUCAUCAUCAUCAGGACCAUGGUGGAUAUUGACCACAAGAACCUUCUGGUUAUGGCCACCUGGCAUCUUUGCAUUGCGCUCGGCUACACCAACAGCAGCCUCAACCCCGUCUUGUAUGCCUUCCUGGAUGAGAACUUCAAAAGGUGCUUCAGGGAUUUCUGCCUGCCCUAUCGAUCCCGUCUGGAUCAGAGCAGCUUCUCAAGAGCACGAAACAGCACACGGGAGCCUGCGUCCAUUUGUGCUCAUGCACGGACAGAGAGACAGCCGGCCUGACUAGGCAUGGAUCAGCAUGAUGGAAGAACAGUUCAGGAUGAGUGUCGGACUGAGAUCACGCAGUUCACCACAACAGGUGUUUGAUUCUGCAGAUGUAGACUUUCGACUUACUGUUUGUGUGAAGGAUUGAUUGUGUUUUUGGUUUCACAUAAUGAAGCUUGUGGCAGUUGGUUUGUGGGACACAAUGGACUGGUUGUACAGCAGACAUGUUGACUUGUCAAAGCAGUAACAAUGACCGAGUUUCCUGCUAUGACAUGUAAAAAUGUCUGCUGUGCAACUGGGACUGACCUUCAGGGUGAUCACAAACAUUUCUGUGUGAGCCUGUGCAUUAGGAAAUGGAUUAAAAUCUACAUACAAACAUAAAACAACCAUAUGAACAAACACAAAUAGAGUGCAGUCAGAAAGUAUUCGGAUAUGUUGUCAUUAUGUAUAUAUAAAAAAGAAGUUAAAGUGCUGACUUCAAGCUUUUAAAGGGGGGUUGUAACAGUGUAGGGCUCAUAGCCCUGUGCUUACAUAGUCCCACAAUGAUUAGAUUGUCAGGCAGGACAAUUGAUCCUAAACACACAGACAAGGCCACCGAAGAGUCUUUUUAUGGUGAAGCAGGGGCUGAUGUAUGAUUGGCCGAGUCACCCACCUGACCUCAGUCCAACAGAUUGUGUUUCACUUGAUAAAAACCAGACUGGCUCUGAAAAUCUCUGUAGCAGGAAGAAGUGAUGAUGUCUGCAGUACAUCCCUGUCAGAACACCAACGGGAUAUGCUGAUGUCUGUAGGACACAGACUUUAUUCAGCUUGUGAUUUAUUUACAUAUUACAUGACUCUAUAUACAUAUAUAUGUUCGCUUUCUAUUCUCUAAAAUUGGGAGACAAUAUAUGAGGGGCUGCGUUUUCUACACUGUUCAUGUGACGUCUUCAAAAUGGACCUGAGAUAACUACUUUUUUGGCCACUUGUGGACAGAGGAAAUAGUU